GGUGACCUCCGGCGCGGCCGAGUCCUCCUCGAUCCCGUGGUGCUCCGCGCGCGCGCCCUCGCUCUCUUCCGGUCGCGGGCAGCGGGGGCACAGAGGGCGGUCGCGGCGGUCGCGGCGGGCAGCGGCGGGGGCAGCGGCAGAAUGUUGGCUACCAGAGUGUUCAGCCUCCUCGGCAAGCGGGCGAUUUCCACCUCCGUGUGUGUCCGAGCCCAUGGAGGCGUCGUGAAGAGUGAAGACUACGCUCUCCCGAGUUACGUCGACCGGCGUGACUACCCCCUGCCUGAUGUGGCCCACGUGAGGAACCUCUCUGCCGGCCAGAAGGCCUUGAAAGAGAAGGAGAAGGCUUCCUGGAGCAGCCUCUCCAUGGAUGAGAAAGUCGAAUUGUACCGCAUGAAGUUCAACGAGAGCUUCGCGGAGAUGAACCGGAGCACCAACGAGUGGAAGACGGUCGUGGGCGCCUCCUUGUUUUUCGUCGGUUUCACCGCGCUCAUCCUGAUUUGGGAGAAGUACUACGUGUACAGCCCGGUCCCGCACACCUUCGAGGAGGACUGGGUGGCCAAGCAGACCAAGAGGAUGCUCGACAUGAAGGUCAGCCCGGUUCAGGGCUUCUCGGCCAAGUGGGAUUACGACAAGAACGAGUGGAAGAAGUAGAGGAGUCUGCACCCCCCUCCGAGCCUCACCGCGCGGUCCCACCUCUGCAUGGCUCAGCAGCGUCCCUGGAAACCAUCGUGUCGCAGCACCAGUGCUAAUAAACGAGCAGUCUACACGA